CGGUAGCCCGUCAUCGGUUCUGACAAGCCCCCGAACGGCUGCUCCUUUCAGUUUGUUUAGAUCGGUUCCCCGGUUCGGUUGACGAGGUUUGGCAACAGUUGCCGGGAAUGUAUAGUUGACUGUUCCUAGUGGCGGUUGUGGGAUGAUUUAUUCGUUCGGAUUAGAUUUUUUUUGAACACAGUUUGAUUUAUGAGUGAUUUUGUGUAAUUCAACAGUAUUAUUUCAAAAUCUAAAAUUCAAAUUUAUAGCAUCGUCGUGCUUCCGUGACCGAUACACGAGUGCGGAAAAGCAAUAUCCUCUUCGGAUAACCUUGCGACUAGGUCGUUACCAAUCAAAAAAAAAAGGUUCAAUAAAACCCAACAGCAUUAACAUUCUGGGGGGACAUCGAAGCUUCAGGGCAGCAGGCACCCUCAAAAAAAGCUCUGGUGGUGGUGCACGUGGUGGAAGUGUGCUGGAAGACUUUCUCGGCAUUUUCGCAAGAUUGGCAAGUUUUGCCAGUCGGAGCGCGACGUGAUGAUCGACGACGACGAGGAUGAUUUCGAAGGAUACUUUCUUCGACCGGCCAACGAGUACAACAUCAAGGAGAAGAUCAAACUAGCCAACCAGGAGUCGUUUGCCAUUCCGACGCCACCGUCGCCCAAGUUUCUGGCCGGCGAGCGACGGGUCACGUUUCGCGAUCAGCUCGUCGAUUACGAACCGGACGAUUACAGCGCUGGGGAGGAGGAGGAACCGGACGAAAACGGCGGUAGUGGCAGCGGGAACUUCCGGGCAGUUAACGGAUAUAUGAGACAACGUUUACAUUUGAGACAAUUGUUUAGCUGCGUUUCCGGCGUUCUCCUCGAAGAGUCGGAAUCGUCACCGGAGUUGAACGACCGGUCACAAAGUAAAGCCACCAACGGCGCCAUGGACGAGGUGGACGAGGACAUCAUCGAGGAGCUGAGCAUAAACGAUGCCACGGAGGAGGAGAUCGAAUCACGUGUCCGGACGACUGUCGAGGACGAUGACGAUCCAGGAGAGGAAGACUACGAGCAGGGUGAGGAAGACGAAGAAGAGGUGGAACCGGACGGUGAGGAUGGAGAGUUGGAGGAGGAAGUGACCGAGUCGAGUUUGGACACGGAAAUCCAUAAUCCGGAAACGUUGAGUGAGGACAGCAGCAGUCCGACCAAGGCCAGAGCAAGCGGGGAGGGUUCCGGAUCUGGGGAGGGGCAGGAGGUUAACUAUUCGGAGGAUUCGCAGGGCGACGAGGACAAUUCGGAGGAACGGGCCAUCUUGAAGGAGCAACUCAUGAGGGAAUCGCUGUCGUACGAUCAGGAAGACGCCACGGAAGAUCAGGACGAGGAUCAAGAUGGACGGGACAGUCCGGUGCCGAGUCAUCUGAAGAAUCGAUCGGCCAAGUGCCAGCGGCAGUGUUGUCGGCACAAGCAGAAGAUCGUGAACGAACGGUUGCCGUACUACAACGGGUACCACUCGGAGUAUGGUCUUUCGAAGAAAGAACUGGACUUGAAACAGAAGCGAGUCGAGGCGAAGAAGAAGCGCUUCCAGGAGCGUCACCAGAAGAAGGUCGAGCAGCAGCAGAUUAAGGCGCAAACCAACGAGGAAGCGUUCGCCACGUGGCUGAACAAAAAGCUGAAGAGUUCGAUCAAUAAGUACCAGAACAUGUACGAUUACAAGGGAAAGAAGCAUAAAAGGAGAGUCUCGAACGAUGACAGCAUUAUGGGAGUUACAGUAAAUUGAUGUUUUUUUUUGUAAGCCAACAUUUGAAGUGAAUUUGAAUUUGUCAACACUUGUGGAAAUUUGUGCAACCUAAUACAAUAAAGUAUUCGAAUAAAUUGCAGU